AGAAAAAAAAAACAGUUCUAAAGUGUUACACAAUAUCUGUUUUUAAAUAAUAUUUAUUUGUACCAUUACUAUGGCAUGGAUAAAUGUUCAGAUUUGGUUUAAUUGUAUAAACCCAUCCUCAUUAUUUUUCCAGCUCAGCGUACACAUGUACAUGCAUCAUAAUUUGUAAAGCAGAGACCAAAAUACAAAAAAUCAGACAUGCCAUGCAUAGCACCUUGAUCUGCAUAUGGCAAGAAAGCCAAAAUAGCAAAUAUUACAACUACAGUAAAUAACUUGACAUGGCUUAUUUUGCUUUGUGAUUUGUUGAUUCUAAAUGCAGACUAAAAGAUAAAAAAUGUCAUGAGCAUAUCGGAAAAUCUAUAAUAGAGAUAUAUAAAACAAACGACUUAAAAGAGAUUUCCAUGUGUUUUUUUUAUAGCUGUAUGUUCAUUAUUAUUAUUUUCAGACUGGACAAAUAACUUUCACAACAAUAAAAUAAUGCUACAAAAGCACAUUUGGUUUUACGACAGGGAAAAUACACAUUUAAUCCAAGUACACGAAACUCUUAGCAAACUAUGUUUACGUUCACAACUUCAUAUCCUAAACAUGUAAAAAUAUUAUAAAUGUAUAUCAUCACUUGUAUUUGUUUUUCAUGUUGACUAUAAACAACACUGCUGCAUCCACUGCUAUUACAAAGUAUUACAAUUAAAUGUCUAACCAUUUAAAUAAAGACACAAAUCACACACAUCCAAAAACUAUAAAAAUGUGGGUGCAGGAUCAAAAAAUAUCUUAACCUAAUCCUAACCAUUUGCCAUUGGAUACAAAAAUAUUACCAGAGAGGUGCUGUUAUUUGCCAGCUGGGUGGUUUCAUUAGUGUUCAUAUUGGAGUAGACAUCCUUGAAUGUUUGAAGAAUGCUGAAAGUUAUAUUAAACUGUGUAACAGGUGCAGUUGUGGUGCUGGUGCUACUCUGGGUUACUUUUUAGUGUAGAAUUAUAGGAAAAUGGGACACAGAACAUUAUUAGUGAUAUAAAUCAUUAUUAUUAUUUCAAUCAACAUUAACGAUCAAUAAUUAAUGUACAGUUAGGAGGAUUUUAGACCAAUAAGAGUUCACAGUGGGUGUGGUCACCAAGUGCAAUGCUGCAAAAAUAGAAACCAAGGAAGCAAAAAAAUGUCAUGUCGCUCUUUAGUCAUGUUCAUGAAUCAGACAUUCUGAUUAAGGAGAGAUAUGCUGCACAUAAUGGAUGACACUACAAGUUAGUUUUAUUUAGAAUGUUUCUUCUUCUGAAUUUUAAAAUAAAUUUUAAAAUGUGUAAAUGACUAUUUGGUGUAGAUGAGUUAGAUUAGUGGUGUCUCAUAAUUAGUCAUGUGACCUUGUGGCCUAUCCUAUGGCUUUGUCAGCCAUUCAGAAGCAUUGGUCACACACACGUCUUCCCCAUAAUGCCUACACUGCAAGUUACCCAUCAAUGACAGAUAUCUCUGAAAUGUUUGCAUGCAAGAUGUAUGACUUGUCCCAGGUUACUCACUGCUAGAUUUAGCAUUGAUUGGCCAGUGUGUGUGUAAAACUAUCGUGGUUUUUAGUGUUUAUAAACAGUGCUUCACUUGUUUUAGGGUAUUAUUUAUUGCUAAAGUGCAGCAUAAUUUAUUUGCAGUGCAUGGAAGUCGCACUUGUCACCUCGCGCGACCCUUAGUUUCGGCUGACCACGUGAAUAGCUUUGUUGUGCUAAGUAGCAUUAAGGUGUGUCCUGCCUUUUUCAUUGAACGGCUCAUUAUCAUCACAUAUAUAUUUGACUCGAAUGCUGACGCGGAAGCGGCAGCAGAAGUGGUAGCCCUCGUGUAAAGCCCUCCUCGUGUGAAGACCUACUUGUGUAAAGACCAGCGAGUCUACCUGUGCGAGUCCACCGAGCAAGGACACCGACAAGGCGCCACUCACCAUAGCAUUUAAGUAUCUUGUUAUUGUAUCUCUUUUCCUUCUAUAUACUAACAUGUCUACUUCACGAAUAACACAUGCCUUCAAGCACAUCCCUGUUAUCUGUUACAGACCAUUUACACGAUAUCGAUGCAAGACCAAAUGCAACCCACACAACCUAUGGCCACUUUACACUUCAGCACCUGCUCCGCUCUCUUUCUCAGUGGGACUCUGGAACUGCCAGUCAGCUGUGAACAAAGCUGACUUCAUUCCAGCCUUUGCCACAAAGUCCACCCUCAGCAUCCUGGCACUGACAGAAACAUGGAUACGUCCAGAGGAUACAGCAACACCUGCUGCUCUCUCCAACAACUUCUCCUUCUCUCACACCCCUCGACACACCGGUAGGGGUGGGGGAACAGGUCAGCUGACAAACUUUCUUGAGGAGUUGGAUGUCCUGCUGUCCUCCUUGCCGGAGGAUGGUAGGCCACUUGUGGUUCUUGGUGAUUUCAACAUACACCAAGACAUACACCAAGACAAGCCCCAGGCCACUGAAUUGAAUACUCUCCCGGCCUCAUUUGACUUGGAAAAACUACACACCACAGCAACUCACAGAUCGGGCAACCAGCUGGACCUCAUCUUUACACGCCAGCACGUGCUACACCACCCAGCCCCUGGCUGUCUGACGUCCUUCAUGAACAUCGGACUGACCUCAGGGCAGCUGAGAGGAGAUGGCGGAAAUCUAAAGAUCCAGCAGAUCUAGAACAAGCUGCUGGAUGACAAUCAGUCAGGCUUCAAAAGUGGACACUCCACCGAGACCGCCCUGCUGUCUGUCACCGAGUCGCUAAGACGGGCGAAAGCUGAAUCCAGAUCAUCAGUCCUGAUUCUGCUGGACCUUUCUGCAGCCUUU